AUGCACUUGACCUCGUAUCUCUUGCUUGCUCCUUUGGUGCUAACUGGCUAUACGUUUGCGCUUCCGGUACAUUCAUCGGGUCAAGCGUUCUUGGCUGCUCCCUCCACCUUGGAUGGACGUAGAGAUACCAAGGUACUCAUCCUAGGUGGAGGCGUGGCAGGUGUAACGGCAGCGCGUGCGCUGUAUGAGCAGGGUGUCACGGACUUCAUGAUCGUGGAAGCUCGUGGUGAGCUCGGCGGCCGCCUGACGAGCCAGACCUUCGGCGCGCCUGGUCGGCAGUACACUGUGGAGGUGGGAGCAAACUGGGUGCAAGGGACGCAGACGGGAGGCGGUACCGAAAAUCCUAUCUGGGCACUGGCAAAGAAGCACAAUAUCAUCACAAGGCAAAGCAACUUCUCUGAGAGCAUAACAACGUAUGACGAUACAGGCGACGUCGACUUCCAAGAUACGUUCAUCACAUCAAAGAAGCAGUUUGACAGGCUGGUCGCAUCUGCGGGCCGCCGGGUUCCCAAGAGACUCGUCGACAUGACCGCGAGGAGUGGCUACUCGCUCAUUGGGUCGAUUCCUGAAUCUCGCUACGACAUGGCAUCUGAGUACUACCAAUUCGACUGGGAGUUUGGAACUACGCCCGAGGAGACGUCCUGGCUCGCCUCGUCCUGGGCUCAUAAUUACACAUUCAGCCCCGAGUCUGGCGGUUUCUCGUACGAUAACCUGUUCUCGGUCGAUCAGCGCGGCUUCAAGGCUCUUAUCCAGGAGGAAGCGCGUUCGUUCAUAACGCCGACCCAGCUGCGUCUGAACGCGACGGUCAGCGUGAUCUCGACGUCCAUGUAUGGCGCGCAGAUCACGCUGGCCGACGGAUCAGUAUUGACGAGCGACUACGUGCUAUGCACGUUCAGCCUGGGCGUGCUACAGCACACCGAUGUGCGAUUUGAGCCUCCGCUACCGAUCUGGAAGCGGGAGGCGAUACACAGUAUGACAAUGGGCACGUACACGAAGAUCUUCCUGCAGUUCCCAGAGAAGUUCUGGUUUGACACCGAGAUGGCGCUCUACGCGGACUACGAACGUGGCCGGUAUCCAGUCUGGCAGAGCCUCGAUCACCCGGACUUCUUGCCCGGCUCGGGAAUCAUCUUUGUCACGGUCACAGGCGAGUUCUCCAAGCGUAUCGAGUCUCUCCAGGAUGUGCAGGUGGAAGAUGAAGUGCUUUCGGUCCUCCGGUCGAUGUUCCCCGAUACACACAUCCCGAAGCCGCUCAACUUCUACUUCCAGAGGUGGCACAGCGACCCGCUCUUCCGCGGGUCGUAUUCGAACUGGCCGGCGUCGUUUCUAAGUGAGCAUCAGGGGAACCUACGUGCGAACGUUGAUGAGCGUCUAUGGUUCGCUGGUGAAGCAACCAGUAGGAAAUACUUCGGCUUCCUGCAUGGCGCGUACUCCGAGGGCUGGGAUAUUGGGCUUAGGUUGGCAGAGUGCAUCAGGGGAGGGGGAUGUGUUGGGUUAGAGCAUGUUGACCAGGUGCGGAAUGCUAGACCGUACGUGAGCAGCUGA